AGCAUGAUCAUUGUAGACAAUAAUCCUCUCUAAACCUAUGCAGCAUGAGCAUGACACACGAAGCAACAAUGAAAUAACAAGAUCAUGGUUGAAUGGCCACGUUAGCUAGUGUUGCUGUUCUCACUCUCACACAUUAUUCCAAGUGUUUUUUCACUCACACUCACAGAUUCAACCAUUUCAACACAACAACAAGGCGAUUUCUCUCUUCCAAAACACCACAUCAACGACGUCGUUUAUGCUACUACACUACUUCCACAACAAAGGUAAUGGCUUCUUCAAUAACUCCAUCAGAUUCUGAUACAAUCAAUGCCCCUUAUGGUUCUUGGAAAUCACCCAUCACUGCUGAUGUCGUCUCCGGCGCUUCCAAGAGACUUGGUGGUACUGCUGUUGAUGGCCGUGGUCGUCUCAUUUGGUUGGAAUCACGUCCAACUGAAUCAGGACGGGCAGUUCUUGUUCUUGAGCCGGAAAAUCCAGGGGGUGAGGCUGUGGAUAUUACUCCAAAGGAUUUUGGAGUGAGAACAUUGGCUCAAGAAUAUGGUGGUGGUGCUUUCACUGUUUCAGGAGAUAUUGUCUUUUUUGCAAAUUACAAGGAUCAGAGAUUAUACAAACAAUCCAUCAAUUCUCUUGAUGUGCCUCCAAUACCUCUCACUCCGGAUUAUGGUGGACCGGUUGUAAGCUAUGCAGAUGGAGUAUUGGAUACACGCUUUAACCGUUUUAUUGCUGUAAGGGAAGAUCGUAGGGAGAGCAGUCAAAAUCCACCUGCAACUAUUGUAUCUAUAGCACUUGGCAGCAAGGAUGUUAAAGAACCAGAAGUACUAGUUGGUGGGAGUGAUUUCUAUGCUUUCCCACGUCUAGACCCUAAAAGUGAAAGAAUAGCAUGGAUACAGUGGAGUCAUCCCAACAUGCAGUGGGAUAAAUCAGAACUUUGGGUUGGCUAUAUUUCUGAAAAUGGAGAGAUCUACAAGCGUGUUUGUGUUGCUGGGUAUGAUCCUUCAGUUGUGGAGUCUCCAACUGAGCCCAAGUGGUCUUCUGAUGGGGAACUUUUUUUCAUCACGGAUAGGGAAAGUGGUUUUUGGAAUCUUCAUAAAUGGAUUGAGUCAGAAAAUAAGGUUGUGCCUGUUUAUUCUUUGGAAGCUGAGUUUGCAAGGCCACUAUGGAUUUUUGGUAAUAAUUCUUAUGAAUUUGUGAAAAGUCCUAAACAGAGAAACUUAAUUGCUUGCAGUUACAGGCAGAAGGGAAAGUCAUAUCUUGGAAUUAUUGAUGAUGCGCAGGGCUCAAACCUAACCGUGCUUGAUAUCCCUUUCACAGAUAUCGAAAACAUUACUUCUGGUACUGGUUGCCUAUUUCUGGAAGGAGCGUCUGCAGUUCUUCCAUCAUCAGUGGCCAAGGUGACUUUAGAUGACAAUAAAUCAAAAGUAGUUGACUUCAAUAUUAUUUGGUCCUCCUCGCCGGAUAGUUUAAAAUAUAGUUCGUACAUCAGUAAGCCAGAGCUGAUUGAAUUCCCAACUGAAGUUCCUGGUCAAAAUGCUUAUGCAUACUUUUAUCCACCUUCUAAUCCUAACUACCAAGCCAUUGAGGGAGAAAAGCCUCCGCUAUUAUUGAAGAGCCAUGGAGGACCAACAGCUGAAACACGCGGAGUUUUAAAUUUGAGCAUUCAGUACUGGACUAGUCGGGGUUGGGCAUUCGCUGAUGUUAAUUACGGGGGAAGCACCGGUUUGUUUCUAGCCUUUUUUUGUUGUCGCUCGUUUCUUGCCUUGCCUACAAAACAAUGUUCUGAAUUAUAUAAUGCAUGUUAUUUGGAAGGUUAUGGCAGGGAGUACAGGGAUCGGCUUAUAGGGCGCUGGGGAAUAGUGGAUGUCAAUGACUGUUGUAGUUGUGCUACAUAUUUGGUGGACAGUGGAAAAGUUGACGGGGAGCGGCUGUGUAUAACAGGAGGCUCUGCUGGUGGAUAUACCACCUUAGCUGCACUAGCUUUUAAAGAUACUUUUAAGGCUGGGGCUUCUUUGUAUGGUGUAGCCGACUUGAAGUUAUUGAUAGAAGAAACUCAUAAAUUUGAAUCUCACUACCUUCAUAAUCUAGUUGGAGGUGAGAAGGAGUGGUUCGAAAGAUCCCCAAUCAAUCACAUUGAUAAAUUUUCUUGUCCCAUUAUUUUAUUUCAAGGAUUGGAGGACAAGGUUGUGCCGCCGAGUCAAGCUCGCAAAAUUUACCAGGCUUUGAAGGAAAAAGGUGUGCCAGUUGCUCUUAUUGAGUAUGAAGGAGAACAACAUGGUUUCCGAAAGGCUGAGAACAUUAAGUAUACACUUGAACAACAAAUGGUUUUCUUUGCGCGAUUGAUUGGGCGCUUCAAUGUUGCUGAUGAUAUAACUCCCGUCAAAAUUGACAACUUCGAUCGAGAAUGACUUUUCUAGAGGUAGCUCUGCUUGUAACUAUUGCAUCGAUGAUGUUCUCCUGCCACAGCACCAACUACCCUCAUAGUUGUUUGUAGACAUUUUUCGAAGAGUGUGCAUUGCAGAGUUUCUACUACAUUUUCUCAAAUCUUGAUUGUAGUUCAAUUGAGUCUCGAGUUCGGUAUCUGAUUAUGAUCUCAUAUUUUGAACCAUUUCUGAAAUGUGUGGCACAAAGUUGGUAAUGAAUCAUAAACCUUAAAGAUUUAAAGUAUUAUGGUUACAAAGUUGCAAUAA